AUGGGUGAAGUUGUGUCGGAUGGGCUGGUGUCGGGUGAUGGAGUGGGUGAAGUUGUAUCGGAUGGGCUGGUGUCGGGUGAUGGAAUGGGUGAAGCUGUGUCGGAUGGGCUGGUGUCGGGUGAUGGAGUGGGUGAAGUUGUGUCGGGUGGGCUGGUGUCGGGUGACGGAAUGGGUGAAGCUGUGUCGGAUGGGCUGGUGUCGGGUGAUGGAAUGGGUGAAGUUGUGUCGGAUGGGCUGGUGUCGGGUGAUGGAGUGGGUGAAGAAGUUGUGUCGGAUGGGCUGGUGUCGGGUGAUGGAGUGGGUGAAGUUGUGUCGGAUGGGCUGGUGUCGGGUGAUGGAGUGGGUGAAGUUGUGUCAAUGGGCUGGUGUCGGGUGAUGGAAUGGGUGAAGUUGUGUCGGAUGGGCUGGUGUCAGGUGAUGGAGUGGGUGAAGUUGUGUCAAUGGGCUGGUGUCAUGUGA